AUGGUGGGCAGCGGGACCUCCGCCCCUCCUGGCCCUGGUUUAGGGGGACCGAGGGCCGCGGGCGUGGCCGACUGGGAAGUCCGCCCGGUGCCCCUGGCCCUCCCACGCCCCGUCCCAGGCCCCUGGGCGCCUGCGGAAGCUGCGGCCACCGAAGCCGCCGCGUGCGGGCAGGGCGCUCGCAGACCCCCGCGCCCCCCCCGCCCGCCGCGCCGCGGGGCAGCCCCGCCCGCAGGUGCGGGCGCGCGGGGCGCGGCCAUGAGGGGGGCGGGGCUGCCGCCAGGGUGUGGGCGGUGGCGGCUCCCGGGCCCCACCCCACCCCCACCCCCACCCCCACCCGGCGGGCCGGGCUCGGGGGAUCCGCGUCCAGGCAGGGUGAGCGCGGGGCCGCGCCGCGUGGGGUCCCCCGCCGACGGCGCCCGCAAGCGUCCCCGCGUGAAGCGCUCGGUCUCGGGACCCGGAGCGGCGGCCGCAGACCGGGGGCCCGCGGCGGGGCCGGGGGCCGGGGACUUGGCGCACGGGAAGGCGGCGGAGACGCGGGGCACGUGGGCGCGGAGCGUCCGGGCGGCCCCUGCCCGCGGCCCCCCCACCCCCACCCCGGGCCGCCCAGCCGCCCCGAGUCCCGGGGACUCGGCUCCCUCCGGCCUCAGGGAGACCCCCUGUUCGGGCCCCGCCGAGGUCGCCCCGGACCGCGGCUGCCUCCAGCCCUGGCCGCUCGCCCCUUUCCGUCGGGGGCGCGUGGCCCCCCGCAGGCCCGGGCCGGACGCCCCGCCCGUGCGCGGACUCGGGGGCGCGGGGGCGGUCGGGGAGGGUCCAAGCCAGCGCCGGCCCUGCUCCCGGACGCGUGGCUCCCGGGCGGUUCUCGGCCCCCCAGGUGGAAGCCGGGCGGUGACCAGAUGCACAGAGGGCCCCGCGCCGGGAAGCCAGGCCCACCCACCGGCCAGCCGCGACGGCGGAUGUGUCACUGUUGAUGUCGCCGUGGCUCCCAACCCCGGCCCUCCUCGGGCCUAUCCCGGGGUCACAGGCCUGGGUCCCCACGAACCCCAUUCCAGUCGCCCUUUCCUCACCCAAGCACAGCUACAACCCACCUGCUGCCCCUGCCCUGUUCCUUCACAUCUGAAUCCACGGCUCCCUCCCUUCCUGCUCCCCACACUCCCUCAGCUUGACCUCGGGGAGCCCGGACGCAGCCCAGCCGCCCCAGCGGCCCCGCAGCGUCUCUGGCUGCCUCGUAGCCUGGGCCUGGCGGGGCCUGGCCCGGGAACCUGUACAGACGCCCCUUCCCGGGACUCACCCUGGAGCACUUCGGGCUGCGCCAAGCCAGGCCCAGCGUGCAGGCAUCUCGCGGGUACUUCCCGAUGCCAGGUGGCCCAGCAGAGACAGUGUGGCGGGCGGAGUCCUUCCCCAGGUGGUACCGACCCUCCGGACCCUUCUGCCAACCGGCCCAAGUACAGGUGCCCCUCGGCCCGUGGCAGCUGCUGCUGGGAGGGGGUGGCACCUCACGGGCUGACGAGCCUGAGAUUGUCUGGAGCGCUCACCACUCUCAGGCUGGACAGUCCUGGAGGCACCGCCCCGGAGGCUGAUGGGGCCUCAGCAGGCACGUUGCUCCUAGGGGCUCCUCACCCCGUGCCCCAGCUUCGGGACAAGUGA